AUGUCGGCACGAAGCGCAUACGCGCGCAAGAAAACAACACAAGCGAAAAAUAAGGACCCAGUCAUACAUGGACGCGCUCAAUCUGUAGCCACUUCAUCAAGUGGUGAAGAGCUUUUUACUGACCAUUCGAUACCGCCCAAUAUCCCAACCCCCAUUGCGGCUCGAUUUCCGCAAAUACAGCAAAAUGCUUCGAUGCCAAUGGGAAACAGGGGAGAUUGGACCCCAAGAGGAAGACCAAUGAUGGCGCCAGAUUGGAAUCGGGAUGCGUAUACGAGUAAUCAAUAUGCCGAGGAAUGGGUUCAUAACAAACCGAGGAGAGCGACACUGCCAGAUGAGUAUGGGACUAUUGAGAGGAGUGGACUACGAACAAUGCUCGACAAGCGAAGUGACGAUGUACGAAAGACAAUAGCGAAGACGUUCACAUUCCGAAAGAAGGAAAAGGAAGAGGAACCGAUCGAUCAAGACAGCAAUGGAAGCCGACCAAGCGUGGAAACACUGCAACCGACCGUCAUGCCGAGUCCUAGUCCCAAUGAGAGCAGCGGCUGGGACUCACAAUCUGUGGCUCGAACAGAUACGACUUUGACUUCGACAUCUUCUUAUGCAGCGUCUCAAAACCAGAUGCCGUUGACGCCAACAUCACAACUCUCAUUUGGUCUACCUCCCGUUGGACCACCACCAACCAGCAAACUGCCUCCGAUUCCACAGGUGCCUUCUGCACCACCACCGCAGAUCAGACGUUGGUGUGGAGGAGGACGGCCUAUCACAAAGUGGAACAAGCUUCGGAAAGACCCAGAGCUUUGGGAUCCUAACGGAGAUGUUCUGAUCUACCUUGGGAAGAAAGGCCAGAGCUUGCCGUCGAUGCGCGUUUCGUCUCAUAUCAUCGAAGCUAUCAACAGUCGAUAUCUCAUCUCUCUUCUGGAUGAGGGUUUGAUUGAUGGAUAUCUGCAUUCUCCACCUUCACCAAACACUGAAUCCUAUGGAAGAAAGCUUGGUCAAGAAUUCCGGAAUUCACCACUAACACCGCCUGCAUCUGGACGCACCAGCAUUGGAGACAUGGGAGGACAAGUUCUUUAUGAGAUGCACUUCCCACCUCCGCAGAAUAUGAAGAGCAUCGAUCAGCUCCGUCAUCAGCUCACAACGCGCAACUUCUUUGCCCUGCUUCUCAACGCCUCAAUGGUGGGCUUGUCGCUACACGAAGCUCUAUCUGACCUUCACGUUAGACUGGAUAGCUACAUGCCCCCGAAUAACGACAACGUUGGCCAAUUGGUGCGGUAUCUCUAUAACCGAGAUCUCGACGACGUACGAAACAAUCCUGCCUUGGCGGUGUCACUCCUCAUCUGGUCAGAAGAGCCGGAUGUGCGGUGGGAGGAAGGAUGGAGGGAGUGCUUCACGCAUUGCGUGGGCAUGUUUGAUCUCGUGCAGAAGUACAAGGACUUCAAGCAGAUAAACACAAACACGAGAAAGCUUAUGGAGAUGGCGAGUCGCGAGAUGCAGUAUCGUGUUCAGGCUGCAGAGGAAAGGUUGGCUGGCUUCAGGUACCAAGACAUCUGGGCCUUCACUCCCAAGACGGGAUCGGAGAUGAGGGCGAUUGAGAGGUUGAAGGACAUGUUGUUACAGCAUUUUGAACAGGAAUAUGGAUCAUGGCCACCAUCACAGUCUGAUGGUCGAUCCGGACGAUCAGUCGGUUCCUCAAGACCCGAAACCUGGUUGACUCGGACGUUGGCUAUGAAGCUCCAAAGAGACUUUGGGGAGCUGUAUGAUUGCAUGGUCGACAGAGAUAUCGUUUGGGGUUCGUUGGAGAUCCAGUUUGGAAGCAGAUUGAUGAUGGUGUCAAAGAGCAAGAGGAGAGCCAUUGAUGCAGACACGAGGGAGAUGCACUUGACGGAUAUGCUUAUUGACUUUGACAACAAACAUCGGUUCCCUCAUAUUCCUCAUCCGUUUCCUCUACUGCCAGAAUCGACCUCAGCUGCUGGCUCGUUCCGAAGAGGCAUCGCAAAGACUCGAGGCGACCAAAUGAGCGCGCUGGAGGAAAGGAUACGACUUGCUUAUACUGAGAAUACCGGCUUCGAUGAACCGGAGAUCAAACUCUCCGACGCAUUUGAGCGCUUUGAGAAGACCGAUGACAUUGGAGACAUGGAUCCAGCUACUGCGAGACGUAGUCGCUGGAUUCUUAUAUACGGAAUCCUUCAGUCACUAGCCUCUGUGUCUGUUGACGAUGAGAAGGUCCAGUACAACGACAAGGUUGAUUAUCACUUGUGUCCAAGAUUAGAGGGAGCAAAGAUACCGCCAUGGAAACGAGGAACGAGCGAAGGCAUUGGUCAAGGAGCGCAUGAGAGAUCGUAUUGCUGGGUUGCAGAGGCAGAACGAGUUAUUGAGAGCGACGAGUAUGGAGACGAUGUUGAUAUGAGUCUGAUCAAUGAUUUCCCGAUUCAGCUAAACUCGCCCGGCGCCGCGGAGGACCGAAACACGGCGUCAGGUGGGUCUCUCGGCACGGGCUUCAUCAGCCCAAGAGUUCGAGAGAGGAUGCGGAGGAACCGAGAGAAUGAAAGUCCUGUAACGUCGGACUAUGGAUACACGUACACUUAA